UUUUCAGAUGCAUUUAACAAACACAAGGAGGAGAGUCUAAAAGAUUCAUUUUGAUGGCGGCGCUCAAGCACAAUGCAUACCUCAACAAUGAAUGGACUCCUGAAGAACAAUCUGUUCUUGCAGAAUUGCUCGCCAAAUACUCAUCUGACAGCGAAAUGCAUUGUUAUGUUCAAAUUGCGAUGCACUUAAACGGCAAAUGUUUACGAGAUGUAAUAUUCAGAUGUAGAUGGAUGAGUCAAAAUGGGAAGCAAGGAAGUGAUGAUAUUUCAAGGAAAAAUAAAGACAAAAAGGAAAAACUUACAGAUCUUAUGCCAAAAUUAACUAAUAUUGCAAAUCAAGCAAAUGCUUCUCCCAAUGCUCAAGCUAUUUUGCCAAUGGACAGUGAUGGUGGAAUUUUCUACCAAGCCAUUGGUGGUCUCACAGGGAUGCUUCUUGAACAAAAUGCUCAGGCAUUGGAUCAAAUUUCUGCUAACUUUGCCGCUUGUAAGAUCCAGGAAAACAUCAACCUUCUCUUGCAGACUCAAAGUAAUAUCUUCAAUGUUGUAAAUAACUUGAAUGACAUUUCAGAGAUGAAACGGAUGCCUCCACUCCCUGUAAAGCUAAACGAAGAGCUCACCAACUCAAUCCUUCAGCAACCACCACCAGUCCAAGAAAAAUCAUGAGUUCCUACAUUUUGUUCCUGUGUCGGGGAUUUAAUUUAUAGAGAUGCUUCACUCAAGUUUCUGAACUUUCAAUUACUUAGAAAACAUUAUACUUGCACCAUGUUAAUACUGUUUUUCUUCCUUUUUUUAUGCAAUGUUUCCUCAAUGAAGAUUGUGACCUCUCAUAUUUUGAACACAUUUGUAGCAUUUAUUAAAUUUGAUGUAGUUAGUC